CAACACGAUGGCAGCCCGGCCGCCAAGGGCGUCCAUUGCGACGUAUAUGCCGGCAGAGGUAGGGCGGCUGCGUGCGGAGAACGAAGCGCUCCGCAGGGAGCUGGCGGUGCAUGCCACACCGGCGUCCUCGAACCAACUCGAACAGCCAGUGGCGUCGCGCCGCUUGAAUACGUGGGCUGUCGGGGCGCUCGCGGCGGCGGCGCUAUCAGCAGUCGUCGGCUUAGGAGCCAGUCCGCAUGGAAUUUUAGGCGGUAACGCGCAAGAGAGGUGGCACGACACCCCAUGCCCGGACGGUGUGACAGUACCGCUCGUUAAUGCUUCGAGCAGAGUGCUCGUCACGGGCGGCGCGGGGUUCAUAGGCAUGUCGCUCAUGGCGUCGCUCGGCAAGCGGGACGCGAGGACGCGGCCGGCGGUAGUUGUUGGUGUUGACUCGUUCAACGACUACUACGCCCCGGCCAUGAAAAGAGGCCGUGCAGCUAGACUCAAGCAUGAAUUUGGCUACGACGUCGUCGAGGCGGACGUGUGCAACACCUCAGUCGUAGACGGGCUCUUCGAGAAAUACACGUUCACGCACGUGGUGCAUUUGGCGGCUCAGGCUGGCGUCCGGUACAGCAUCACGCACCCGAUGACGUACGCACGCAACAAUCUGGAGUGCGUCGUUUCACUUUUGAACUACGUUGCUCAUCGGACCCCUCAACCCGCGUACGUGUACGCUUCUUCCUCGUCGGUCUACGGCCUCAACAAAAAGAUACCCUUCAGUGAAUUGCACGCCAUAGACCACCCCGCAAACCUGUACGGGAUCUCAAAAUUUGCGGGCGAACAGAUCGCGGCGGCGUAUCACAACCUCCACGGCCUGAAGAGCGUCGGGCUUCGAUUUUUUACCGUGUAUGGCCCGUGGGGCCGGCCUGACAUGGCCGUCUCGCUCUUCACGAAUGAGAUCGAGAACGGCGAGACCAUUACACUGUUUAACGGAGGCGACAUGCGGCGCGACUUCACGUACGUGGACGACGUAGUGCGGGGCGUCGAGUUUGCGAUGGAGUACUGCGCGGACAAUGCUGCCGUGUUCAAUCUAGGUAAUUCCAAGCCCGUGCAGCUCGGCUCCGUUCGGUGUCCGCAUCAAAAGUGUCUCUGCCGCCUUCGUCUUCGAUGCUAAUGCACACACAGGCUACGUCCUCGCGCAGAUCGAGAAGCGCCUGGGCGUCAAGGCAAAAUUCAAGUAUCAGGCCUCAAACGCCGAGAUCAAGGAGACCUACGCGGACAUUUCGAAGGCGCGCGAGCUGCUGGGUUACUCGCCAACUACCUCGAUCGAGAGCGGCCUCGACCAGUUCAUGGCCUGGUACAACAAGCUAGAUAAACGGACGCGCGGCGAGUGGGCCGGGGGGCGCUUCAAGGCAGAACGGCAGAACGCUCAUCUCGAAGGAACUCGUGGGCGCGUCUGAAGCGUCCGCGUCGCCGUCUUUGUCUCUGUAUAAAUUCAAGUUGUGACACUAGGGG